UAUAUUUGAAUGAAGGUGACAUUUUGACUGUGCCAACCCAUUGCUCUCUUUGGAGUAUUCUUGAGCUUCUCUGCUCCUCCUCGAUUACCCCGCCUUCCUCCUCCAACAGUAAACAUGUCAACUGUCAGACUUCCUACCACCUGUAUGGUACAAACUGCUCCUCAGACCCAAAGAAAGAGCGUCUUCAUUAAGAGCCCAGCAUCUCUGGGGUCUGUGAGGGACAUUUCUAAGGCCUUUGGAUUGAAAGCUAACUCUGGCUUUAGAGCAUCAGCAUCAGCAGUCUACAAGGUCAAGUUGGUUUGUCCAGAUGGUGCUGAACAUGAAUUCGAGGCACCUUCAGAUACUUACAUCCUCGAUGCAGCUGAGAAUGCUGGAUUGGAACUCCCUUAUUCUUGCAGGGCAGGUGCGUGCUCAACUUGCGCUGGGAAGAUUGUAUCAGGAUCUGUUGAUCAAUCUGAUGGAUCUUUUCUGGAUGAUAAUCAAAUGGAGGAGGAUUAUGUGCUCACCUGUGUUUCUUACCCAACCUCAGAUUGUGUGAUUCAUACUCACAAGGAAUCUGAUCUUUACUAGUUACUUAUUUAAUAUCUCAUAUUAUGUGUAUGGUCUUGUUUAGGGUGAAGCACUUAGAAAAUUGUUCUGUUCUUGAGAAUGGUCAGGUGUAGAGUUCAAUCAGGAACCUGUUGUGUUUGAAUGAUGUUCGUGUAAUGAAACGCUUUUAUUGGUUAUUAUGUUUCACUUUGUAGAAA